AUGAAACAGUUUGAGUUUGUAGCUAAGUCCAAGUCCAUCUAUUGGGAGCUUUCUAGGAAAGCUUUACAAGAGAAACUGAUGCAAUUGGCAUCACCAUUCCCUUACUCUUUCUCUCUUAAACCCAAAUGUGAUGGCUGGAGUCACAGCAACCAUGUUGUGACUGUGAGGCCAAACCCUGGAAAUGACAAAGGAGACACUAGAAAGAGCAUGAUUGAACUCCUAUACCAGCAUUGGACAGCCUGUCUUCAGACUUCCUGUGUGAGAACUACAAACUCCCCUUGCCCUUUAUUUUUUUUAAUUUUUAAAAUUUUAUUUAUUUGGCUGUGCCAGGUCUUAGUUGCGGCCUGCAGUCUCUUAGUUGUGGUGCCUCAUUUUUUUAGAAAGCCAGUACUUAUUAGAGUUUCUGUUAUUUUGUGA